AUGUCUCGUUCUACAUUCCUGACGACAUCAUCGUCGUCACUUGACGCAAAUGAGAUGCCAUCUCAUCCUACAACAACAAAUGCAAAUACAGAUCGUACAAAUACUCUUCGUUUUCAUCAUCGUUUAAUGCCGACUAUUGCAACAAAUAGUCGAUCAAAUGAAACUUUACCUGUGAUUGUUGUUCAAUCAUCAGCAACAUUAGCUGAUUCAUUAACAACAACAACGACUACUACUACAAAUAAUACUCAACAUAAAUCUGUUGUACGUCUCAAUCCAAAAUUGAAAAGAAAUUUAAGAGGCACACGUCGAUCAACUGGUAUUCGACCAGAUGACGUUUCAUUAGCAAAUGCGACUAAUGAUACAGCUUUUAAUGAUGAUGAUGAAGAGGAGGACAAAUCAAAUACAUGCAAUCAAUUUAUCACAAUCACUAGUAACGAACCCAGUGAAUCUUUCGAUCAUAAUCGAACAAGUCCUCCAAAACCGGUGUUUACAGUUAGUCGAGUGCAACCAACAUUCGACGAAAAUUCUCGUCAUUCAUUUGAAAAAUUAUCAAUUAAUCGUACAGAUCCUUUUGUAAUGACAUCAUCACCGUCACCAUCAUCACCUUCGAAUAUAUUUUCUAAUACAUCAACAGUAAUGUUUCGACCUGAAGAAUUCAUUCUACGUCGGCAACCAUCUGAUGAAGAUCCUUCAAUAAUAAAACGUCGACAACUUGAAGAACGUAUUUGUACACUUGAAUCACUUGUCCGUGAUAAAGAUUCAAUUAUUCUUGAUUUACAACGUCAACUGGAUAAAACCACAAGAGAUUUAAAUGAUGCCGAACAACAAAUAUAUGUAUUACAAAGAGAUAAAUUAACAUUAAUAAAAACUUUAACAACAUUACAAGACACAAAAUCUUCGUCAGUAGCAGGAGGAGGAGGAGGAGGAGCAGCAGCAGCACCGGGAAGAGAUACUUCAACAUCACCAAAACGAACUGGUUUUAUAACAAGAAAUUAA